CUAGAUACACAAUUGAUCAUAUGAUUAAACUGAACAAGAAACUGAACAAAGAUGGCCGUCGUAGCAGACACACAGAGAGCAGUGAGUGUCCUGCAGGGUCUUCAGGGGAGACUGAUGGCAGCAGGAGAACCUGAACUAGGUGAACAGUUUGCCUCUAUGAUAGACCUCCUAGCCAGUCCUUCCUUCAGACACCUCCUCAACCUUCAGCAGUCUGUACGGGAGCUCAAACACCAUCUUGAAAAUGGCCCUCCAGGACAAACUGUUGAGGACUUCAGCUUCACCCGUGAAGGACAGCUGGUUGUACCUGAUCUGGAUUCUGACCAGGAACCUGAGCAGCCAUACCGAGUCUCAAUUGGUCCCCAGCAUCCGUACGCCUUUGAGAAUAAGGUGUUCGAAGGGGAUGAGGGUGUCAUCAAGAAGAAUAACGUUGCGCCCGUUGCUUCCGCUCCACUCCCUCAGAGUGACGAGGAAGACGAUUCGGAAGACCAGGAUGAACUGAUGAAGAGUAGAUCCAUUCCUCUCGAAAAGGCUAAUGAAGACCUAGAACAGGCUCUGAGAGAACUAGCCCUCGGCAGAGAGGUGUUGAGCAUAGAAUUGUUGAAGUCUGAAGGCCGAGGGCUUGGAUUCAGUGUGGUAGGACUCAAGAGCGAGAAUCAAGGAGAGUUGGGGAUCUUUGUACAGCAGAUACAGAAGAAUGGUGUUGCAGCAAGAGACGGCAAUCUCCAAGAGAGUGACCAGAUUCUAGCCAUCAACGGUGCCCUCGUUGACUCCAGUGUAUCCCACAAACAAGCCAUCGGGAUGCUCCAGAAGGUCAAAGAUAAGGUCCACCUGAUCGUGGCCCGAGGGGGGCUCCACAUCCCCACCCCAUCCAAGGCGGAGUCCUCGGCCCCGCCCGGUCGUUCAACGGUGGCCCACGAGCAGAAUGACCUUAGUGGGAUGGGGGAGCGUGGCCUGGGGAUGGAAGAGCCUGGUAUGCAGGCUGCUAUGAUGGGAGUGGCAGGGGGCGUGGCAUUUCCAGAAACCAAUCAGGAGUUGAUGAUGCAGCUAGAUCAAGAACCAGAUGAUUAUGGUCAAGGACAGGCUUCAGGAGAGCUUGACCAGUCACUUGCCCCCAACAUCGAGGUCAUUGACCUUUACAACAAGGGUUCCGGCCUUGGUUUCGGUAUCGUUGGUGUACGUGAUAUCGGUAUCGUCGUCAAAACCAUCGUACCUGGUGGAGCUGCUGAAGAGGAUGGACGUCUUCAGAGUGGUGACAUCAUCCUGCGUAUCGGUGAGACGGACCUUGAAGGGAUGAACAGCGACCAGGUGGCGUCCGUCCUCCGUCAAUCUGGGAGCCACGUUCAGCUGGUGGUGGCGCGGGGAGCACUUCCUGUCAUCCAAUCCUCUCCAGCCCCGCCCAUGGAGCCAGAGGUAGAGGGGAGGGUAGAAGAGGGUACUAGACUUCCCCCUCAGGGACUGGACCUCCUUGGACAGGGUCAGAUGGAACUGGAUCCUCUUCCGGUCUCGCCUCCACCUAACUUGUCAGAGCUAACCUCUGGUGUAGAUCAUGGUGAGGUGUUUGAGGUCGAGCUAGCCAAAGGAAACCAAGGACUUGGUCUCUCUAUUGCAGGCUUCAUCAAGAAGACACCUGAUGGUGGAGAAACUUCAGGAAUCUUUGUGAAGAAGAUUGCAGAGGGGAGUGCUGCCGAUAUGUCGGGCAACAUCCAUGUUGGUGAUCAGAUUAUAGAGGUUGAUGGAGUUAACGUGCAGGGAUAUGACAAUAAGGCCGCUGUAGAUCUCCUACGUCAGACCGGUGCGGUGGUGAUGCUUAGGCUUGUCAGGUUCCCGCCAGAACAACCACAACUAGAGGAACCGACUCAACAAGCCCAUGCAGCACCCUUGCCUGACCUUGCACCACCGUCUCUCCAUGACGACAUUGUUGUACCGGAGGAUACCAUAGCGGUGGCAUCAUCCCCGUUCAGUGAAGAGGACAGCGCAGAGUUCCCGCAAGAGGUGGAGGAGAGUUUUGAGGGGGAAUUGAGUCCAGAGGAGGAGAUAGCAAUCAUGGCUCUGUGGCAAGGCUUACUAGGACUGGAGAAAGACAUUGUGAUUGCUCAGCUAUCCAAGUUCCAUGAGGGUGGAAGUCUUGGCAUCAGUCUUGAAGGAACGGUGGACAUUGAUGAGAAUGGUCAAGAAGUUCAGCCGCACCAUUACAUCCGUUCCAUCCAACCCGAGGGUCCUGUCGGCCAGAAUGGACUCCUUGCCAGUGGGGAUGAACUAUUAGAGGUGAACGGCACCCGUCUGCUAGGGUUGAACCACGAGGCAGUCGUCACGAUUCUCAAGGAUCUACCCCAACACGUCCGUCUGGUCUGUGCCCGCUCUGCCGAUUCUGUCUUCCCUCAGACCGUGAUGUCCGACGAGAGCCUGCCAUCUAUGGAGAACCCGAUCAGUGAUGAUGACGGUAUCAAGCUACCCGAUUUCAGCGUCGGUGGAAGCGCUGAGCCGGUCGAGGAGCAGGUAUCGCUCAAUGUAUCUGCAGGGAUGGAGAUGACUACCCCCAUGCUGCCUGCGCUGGAUGACAGCGGAAGCCCCUUAGAAUACAGCAUACAGACUGAAGCUAGUCAAGAGAAGGAUUCUAUGUGGAGUGAGGAUAUUCAAUACAUUGAGCUAGAGAAAGGAGAUAGAGGACUCGGUUUCAGUAUCCUUGAUUAUCAGGAUCCCGACAACCCUGUGGCAUCGGUCAUCGUCAUCCGAUCCCUCGUACCGGGCGGUGUUGCGGAACAAGAUGGCCGCCUCAUUCCCGGAGACAGGCUUGUCUCGGUCAACGAGUCCAAUCUGGAGAACUGCACUCUCGAUGCAGCCGUGCAGGUCUUGAAGGGCGCCCCCAGGGGUUUGGUUACCAUUGGUGUGGCCAAGCCUGCCUCUGGGAUGGAGAGCGAGGAGACCCAGAUAGUAAGUGCCAUGCCCGCCAUGGUGCAGGAGUCCCCACCCCCCAUGUCUACCACCACGCCCAUGCUACCGGACGUUGAUAUCUCGCCCCUAGCGGCCGGUAUAAUGGCCAAGGAAGCCAUGGAGGAGGCGGAGAGGGAGAUAGCCGAGGCCGAGAGGGAGAUGGAGACGGAAAUGGAGGUCAAACCAAUUUCUGUUGAAGUUCCUGCAGAACCAGCAAUAGUAGCAGCAGAGGUGUCAGUAUCCCACAGUGCUCCACCAGCACCCCAAACACCGGACACCCAAACACCAACCAUGCCCCCUGAUCUGGUGUCUUCUAUCACAGUGUCAGACAGCCCAAAACCCGAAGCACCGGUGUCCUCAACACCUCCACCAGUCAGUGUUGGUGUUAGUGGAACAGUAGCCAAAGAAGAGCCCUCGGCACCCGCCACCCCUCCCCACCCCAAGCGCACCCCACCCAAGCCCCCUCCAAAGCCCAUCCUCCGCCAGAACCGGUUUGCUACCAGUCCCUCCUCGCCCCGCUCCACCCCCGCUUCUCUCCUUGGACCUAGGGGGUAUUCCCCUCCAGGCUCCAAAGGGUUUUCCCCUUCCAGUACGUUUAGCUCCAGUGCUACAAUCACUCUCUCCCAUCACCGACAGGCGUCACUCGAGGAGCGUAGUUCCGAUGAACGCGUGGCUAAGAUGGUACCGAUGAGGUCGACACCACCCAUCGGUAGGAGGAAGUCUUCUAAUGUGAUCCUGCCUCCAACCCUGGAAGAAACCAUUGUCUUGAAGAGAACAAACGCAGGUCUAGGUUUGACGGUCAGUGCGGACAAGGCCAACGGCGUGGUCAUCAAGUCUAUAAUCCGCGGUGGGUGUGUCCAGCAGGACGGGCGCCUGUCAAUGGGUGAUUACAUCACUGGAGUGAACGGAGAGAGCAUGCGUAACCUUAGCAACAACACGGCCAGGGGGGUCCUAAGGCGGAGCUUCAUGCAGGGAACAGAUAUCACAGUGACGUACAUCCCAGCUACCAAGGCAGCCAGUCUGUUGGAGUCAUCUUAUGGUUCCCCCAUGGGUACCCCGCCCCUGAGAACAUCACGGUCAUCCAGCGUCGUCAGAUCAACAGAUAGUAGUCCAUCUGUCACUCCAAAUUCCAGUAUGGACAUUACCAUGACAACCCCUCCGAGCAUGACUCCGCCCACUGAGGCCACACCCUCAGAGGAGAGUGAGUGGGAAGAUGUGAAGACGGUCACCGUAACUAAGGAACCAGGGCGGAGUCUCGGUAUCAGCAUAGUAGGAGGACGUGCAGGAGGAGAUGGACAGGUGGUUCAAGGCAUCUUCAUCAAACAUGUUCUUGAGAACAGCCCAGCAUGGAAAACGGGACAACUCAAAACAGGGGACAGGAUUUUAGAGGUCAAUGGAUGUGACCUCCGAGAAGCGACCCAUGAUCAAGCAGUGGCCGUCAUCCGCAACGCCUCGAACCCGAUGCAUUUCCAAGUCCAGAGUCUUCGAGUAGGCUCGCCAGCAGCAAUCAUGGAGGAUGAUGUCCCAGACAGUGGGAGCAUUGUUGCCAUGGCGACUGUUGUACAAGCAGGAGCAGAAUCCGAUGAUAAUUUGGAUGCACCAGACGAGAGAAGAGAAGUCGAUGGAGAGAGCGACAGUGAAUCCGAAGAUGAGUUUGGAUAUACCUGGAAGAAACUUAGCCAGCGAUAUAAUGAUUUAGACGGAGAAUUGCAUGUGAUUGAACUGAACAAAGGAGAUCGAGGAUUGGGCCUUAGUCUUGCUGGGAAUAAGGACAGGAGUAAGACAAGCGUGUUUGUCGUUGGUGUUAACCCUUCAGGCGCCGCUGGGAAAGAUGGAAGGAUUCUUAUUGGAGAUGAGGUCUUAGAGAUCAACGGCAUCAAGGUAUAUGGUCACUCCCAUCAGAAUGCAUCUAGUAUCAUCGGUGGUCUUGCUCCUGGUACGGUCAAGGUGGUCCUCGUCAGGAAUUCAGAGUCUCUGAAUCAGCUCGCUGUACCACCGGUCAUCUACCCCAAUCAGACUUCUAUGCCAACCAUCCUAAAGAAGCAUGAGGCUGUCGAUGAGGCCGAUAGCGGCUCGGCACCCGUCCAUUCUGUUCCAGAGCCAGAGCCAGUGAAACCGAUCCCUACACCGGAAGAUUACCCCAACGUGAAGCACAUCACUCUCCAGAAAGGACCCAGAGGUCUGGGCUUUGCUAUCUUUGAGAAUCAGGAUGAGAAGGGGCUCUCCGGUAUCUUUGUCAAGGAUGUCACCAUGGGUGGACCAGCUGCGAUGGAGGGGAAUCUGAAGGUGGGCGAUCAGAUUCUCGCCGUCAACGACAAAUCGGUCAUCGGCCUCUCCAAGCUUAGCGCCAUCAGUGUCCUGAAAGACACCAGGGGAUCCGUCGCCCUCACCGUCAGCGCUGCUAAACCCGUUUCGUCCCCGCGGUCCCCUCAGAAGAACCUCUUCCCUACGCUAGACCUGGGUGGUGGGUUCGAAGGGGGCGUGUCCAUCUCCGCCACCGGCCAACCAGAUGUGUUCGCUGGGGCGCCGAUAAGAAGCCAGAUCGGACAUGCCGACUUCUUUCCAGCUCUUGAUAAUGAUGAAGAGCCCAACUCAUUUCAUGCCUCUACUAGUAUUAACUAUCAACAUUCUACCAACUCAGACAGUUCCGUCAUUGCUGCCAAGCCUUCCGUAGAGCUAAGGUCAGAUGUCUCUCCGACCUCUGACCCUUUGACCUGUCCUGUGAUCAAAGGUCACAAGACACUGAUCGUCGUUGAUAGAGGUCACGACAAAGGAUUGGGGAUCAGUCUCAUUGGUGGAGCUGAUAAACAUCAGGCCACCAUCAUGAUUCAGAACAUCAAACCUGAUGGAGCAGUGGCUAAAGAUGGCCGCCUUCAACCUGGUGAUCAUAUCCUUGAGGUGGAUGGUUUAGAUUUUAAGAACAUCAGCCAUGAGGCUGCCCUCAACGUUCUCCGAAAUACAACUUCUAAGGUUCGAAUGCUGGUGCUUCGGGAAGACUCUGUCGCUGCUGCUCCAAACCAGGGAGACCAAGAACCAGAGGAAGGGGAGGAGAUCUUUACAGUGGUCUUACACCAACCUGCAGGGCAAAGUCUUGGUCUUAGCAUCGCUGGAAAGGGAGGAGCCCUCUACAUUUCGGACAUUGCCCCGAACAGCGUGGCUGAUUCCAAUAGUCAGUUAAUGAGAGGUGACCAGAUCAUCGCAGUCAAUGGUCGAGCGGUUAAGAACAUACCACAGGAAGCUCUGGCCACACUUCGACAGAAUGCCGAGGGUGAUGUUAGCCUGAAGAUCUCUCGUAGGAAGGACGGUGGAGGAUCUCGACUGAGUAUGACUUCGUUUGAGACCGUCGUCACUGCCCAACCUAUCACUGUCGAGCAAUCACCAAGUCCAGGUGGUGCGGAGAGCAGAAGAGCUGAUUACAUCCAAGCCCAGGAAUCAUUUGGAUCUAGUACUGAAAUAAUCUCUGAAGAAGAAGAGGAAACAUCUUCCAGUUCUGGUGUCAAGACAGUCACCCUGGAAAGAGGACCGGAUGGUCUUGGAUUCAGUAUCGUCGGGGGAUACGGAAGUCCCCAUGGCAACCUGCCUAUCUACAUCAAGACGGUCUUCGAUCGCGGAGCCGCAGCCGUCGCCAAGCAACUCAAACGCGGCGAUCAAAUUCUGGCCGUCAACGGAGAGUCACUAGAGGGCGCCACACACCAAGCCGCGGUCAAUCUCUUGAAGAAGGCUCGUGGUCAGGUCAUUCUAACAGUGGUCACUUGAUUGAGUUGUGACGUUUGACCCAAAAUCAUUCACCUUUGAACUGUGGUGCGUUUCGUGAUUGAUUGAAUGUUUUAUCCUACGGCACACACAUUCCUAUCUUGGGAUCUCGUAUGAAGUAAUGUAUGAUUCAAUGUUAGGAUAUCAUGUAUCAUGCCAUGCAGUAAGAUUUUAUCAGAAUUAUUAAAGAAAUGUCUCUUUUAAAAGUGAAAAAAGUUGUCAAACUACCUGCGAUUCUUUAUUUUAACAAGAACUAUGUCGUGCAGCCACUAUUUCCUCCCAUUAUUUUUUGCAUUUUGUGAGAAAGUCGGGCAUUUGCCAUUGGUUUGUUUGAAAUGACAAUAUUCAUUUCUUCAUCAGAUACUUCAUUUGAUUUCAAAAGGUUGGCAGAUGUUCCAUGUACAACCCCUUAUAUUGACAGAUAAUGUUAAGCUUCAACAGUAUAAAUGCAUUUUUUUUUUAGUGUACAAAGUAUAUAAAAUUAGAGGGCUAAAAGUGGAUUAUUAAAAGAGAAAAUGUAGAAGGGUAAAUUUGUUCAUGACCAGUACUAAAAAUAUAUUGCCUAUGAUUGUAUUCGAUAUCAUUCACCUGCCGUAGUUUUAUUUGGUAUUCAUGCUUUAUCUUAUGUUCUAAGAGGAGGUUUCAAUAAAAUCAUAGCAAAUUUGAUAUAGCAUCAUUGCCAUUGUAUAAACCAAUAGAUUGUGUAAAAAAAAUUAUAAAAGGCCUCCCCUUUCCCCAUAUUAUGGUCUGCGUGGGAUGAUUACCUUAAUGGUCAAUAUCAUCUCAUGUUUAUAUAUUUAUUAUUUGUAGCAUAUUUAUUCCUUCAUGUAUAGUUCACCCAUAUAUAGCAUUAAAAAAUCACUAGCCUGUUGUUUCUUAGUCAACUUAAGCAGUGAUUAUUACAAUCACAUCAACCACAUUAAACAAGCAAGAAAGAUACUUUAUUUUCUUCCUUUUUAAAAUAUCUUUAUUUUAAUUAGUUUUUAGAAACUUGACAAAUCAUACUAAGAAAUGUGAGGAUUCCAUGAUAUAAUUAAAUGUGCUCUCAACCCAUUCGUUACCCUAUUUCAGUAGCUUAUAACGGAAGUUUGUAAACAGAUUGAUAAUAAGAGAAUGUUCAUGAAAUAUAGAAUAAAAUAUGUGAAUUCAUUAUUUACAAUUUUAACUUUAUUAUGUGGGGGUUGCACUUUAUGAUUUAAUAUGCAUCUAUGCACUUUUUUAUGGAAUUCAAAUUCUUGUAAUCAUCUUAACAUUAUAAAGCAAACUGUAUUUGAAAUUAUUAAUUUCCCCCCUGGAUGUAUUUAAUAGGGUUAGUAGUACCAGAUGCUGAUUUCACUGUACUGUAUACAGGAUAGAUAUAAAGGAUAGAUCUAAUCAUUGAUACUAAAAUGGUGUUGGUUUUAUUUGGUUAACAUUUUAAAAUCUUUGAAAGAAUGGAUAUAUGAUUGUAAACUGAAAAAAAUGAUGGAAACCUAUAAGUUCUCGUUUGAAGAUAUACCAAUUUGAUCCUAAGGAAAAUAAUUUCUGAAUCAGUAUUUUUAAAUAUUUGGAAUACUGUUCUUUUAAAAAUCAAGUCCACCACAGCAAAAAUCUGAGUUGAAUUACAUAGAGAAAACUCACACAAGCUUAGUACACGUUAUUUCAUAAGAAUAAGAAAGUUAUGGUUUUGAAAUUCAGUUUGCACUUUGUAAACAGUGCUAUACACAUAAUUGGUUGUAUGCAAAUAUGCAAAUGAUGUAAUGAAUGGUCUUUGGUUUGGUGGACUCGGCCUUUUAACAUCUGUUUCAAAUUCCUUGUCUGAAUUACUUUUGUAACUUGGAUAUUCUUUUACUUGAAAAUCAUAUAAACCAUCAUGAAUAUGUACUCAAAUAGCCAUAACCUAUCUGAGCGUUUAAUUCAUUUUCUUUGCUGUUGGAUAAUGAACAAUUGUAAGAAGUUAUCUUUUCAUAUGAAUAUGGCAUCUUGAUAUGAAUGGACUCUCUUUGUUACCGUAUAUACUCAUAAUGUCAUGCCCCCGUUCCACUAUGCCGAUGUUGCUUCGAUAGACAAACCCUCAGAUCGGGUAGGAUCGGGGAAAAACGAGUCGCUUUACCGGGAGUCAGCGAAAAAUAGUUUGCAGUAAUAAGUUUUCCAAAGGUAUGGGGAUUCAUGUUGCUGUUAGCACGCCAGUUAAGACUUGAUUAUGCUCGUCCCACGACUGUGCACCGUGUUGCUUACGCUUUUCCCGCUUCCCCCACGAUUAAAACUGCACGUUGUCUGAUUGGGAAGAUCAGCAUGAAAUUUUGAACAUGUUCAAAAAUUUUAGCUGAUCUCACUGAUCUGAAUAUUAGGCCCGCUAUUACUCAUCGUCACAACAUUGUUAUUACGCUGCUCCCGAUUUCAACCGAUUCCUAUCCCGCUCACCGCCGAGCUAAUGAUCUGGACGGAUAGGGGUUUCAGAUCGUGAUAGUGGAACGGGGGCUUUCUCCUUUGUCAGUAAUUAUGGUCAUCGAUGAUAUCUAACCCACAAUUUGAUUCUAAAGAAGUGCCUUGAUUGAAUAGCCGCUAUGUUUACACCGAUAUAAAUCAUGAGAUGGAUAUAUAUUUUGUUGUCAAUAAUAUUUUUUAUUCUUUUCACAUUUUAUUGUUAAACAUAUAUCAUGCAAAUGAAUUAAAGUACUAAGUCGCAUAUCCUUAA